GGGCAGGGACUGGACUUGAUGACCUCUUGAGGUUCCUUCCAGUUGUAUUCCUUAUACCAUUGCCAAAGCCUGUCUCUUUGGGCUGAAAAUUUCCAUGCCAGGUGUGUGCCGCACCAUUGCUCUGCUCUCAGCAAAUGUUUAUGAAAGCCAUCAAGUGCCCUAUAUCUCUCAAUGCUGUUCCAAAUAGAGGAUGACAUCCUACAAUUGCUAGUAGAUCUGUGAGGUGGAUCUAAAGGUUUUGAUGUAAUACUAUAUAGUGUGUUUCUCUUUCUUCAGUUGGCUUUUUUUAAAAAUCUAGGAAGUUGCACACCAGAAAACAAAACAUUUAAAUAGCAUUAAUGUUGCAAAGUCAAACACUCAAAAGUUAGGAAAUGUCAGGACUAUUUUUUCCUCUGUGUAACCUUAAUUCAGCACUGUGGUGUGCAGUAUGAUACAGUCUUCCAUUACCUGAUCACUUACUGUUUUUGCCCCAGACAAUCUCAAUUCUGGCAUUUCCUAACUUUUGAGUGCUUGGCUUUGCAACCUUAACAUUGUUUGUAUGUAGUUGUAUGUGCAAUUGUUGUGUUGUGGUAGCCAUUUGGCUUUUACACACUGCAGAACGUAAGCAGCAACCCUCCCCGUGUGUCUGUUUUCUAAGACAGGCUCUCCUGAUGGCAGGUGGGGGGACCAUGUUUCCUUGUUCCGUUGGCUGGUUUGUUACCUCAUCAGGCUGCAAAUAAGAAAUUCUGCUUCUGUUGAUUUAGUUCUGCCCAAACCACUCUGAAACCCGGAUUUUCACGCAAACAGUGACCAACCAUGAAACGGGCGAAUCUGCUACUGCACGAGAGGACAUGGACUGGUUCAAAAUCGUUCUUUGUUUUGUCUUGUGUUGGGAUGCUCUUACGCAGUGUCACCUCGUAGGCAGUGGUGGGCCACAUGCAGCCCAUUGCGGUUGCACGUGUGGCUCGCUAGGCUUUGUAUUUACUGUUUCUCACAUGUGGGGUUGCCAGAUCCGCUGUUUUCCAUCCGUGUAGUUCUCCUCCGACUGGUAUUACGAAAGGGACAUGUGCUUAAAGCCAGGACAGGUGACGUGAGGUGCACGCUGAUUGCAAGCAACGUUGACUGUAAAGCCAGGCACUCCCUCUGCAGCCAAUCACACUGGUGCUACUGUUCACUCGGCUCUCCCCGCAAAUUCUAGGUACCCAAGCACAGUGAACAAAACUGCGCUAUCCCAGGAGACCAUCUUGAUUAUGACAGUCUUGCAACCCAUCAUGAUGCAGGGUCACUUGUGCGGCCCACCCUCUCGCCCAGGUUGCCCAUCGCUGUCUCAGGCGCUCAGCAGAAGGUUAUGAAUUUUGUGGGCUUGAUAAAAGGGCUGCUUCCUCGGUUUCUUCAAGUGCCCCUUGAAGGAUACAGUUAAUAAAAGGAGUUGUACUUCUUAUCGAGGGCAGGAAAUACAGUAGUGAAACAGAAAAUGCAGCAAACGUUUGUUAAUUGUACCAAACCCUUUGCUUGUUUUCAGCUUUAUUGUCAACAGAAUUCACCGUUUCCUGCCUGCUGGUAAUGCUUAGCCCUACAGGGCGCUUCACGGAUGUUAACUGAGCCUCCCAGGUACCGGUCCGAGAAUGCUGUGUUCUCCCCCAACCCUCUGCUCGCCAGCUGCCCUGCGAGGUUAUGUCCUUUAUCCUUUGGCGAAGGAGUUGAGUUUGACCCUCUGCCACCAAAGGAGAUAAGGUACACCUCCUCUGUGAAGUAUGGCUCGGAGAAGCACUUCAUCGAUGAUGUCUACAUGCCAGUGGGGUUAGGCGUUUCCUUGUGCAGCCAAACAGUUGUUUGCAUCCCUGAUUGCACGUGGCGCAGUUACAAAGCCGAGGUCCAUUUCAAGCCUCGGAACAAGCCCCUGCGUUUCACCAGCACCACCAUCGUCUACCCAAAGCACCCCAAAACUGUGUACACCACCACUCUGGAUUACAACUGCAGGAAGUCCAUACGGCGGUUCUUGUCCAGCAUCGAGCUGGAGUCUGCAGAAUACUCUGGGAACGAUUACCUCCUGGAUGACUGCUGACUGACAUUUGUCUCUCUUGCUAUGACCCAUCCUAGUCCCUUCCUACUGUAUUGUACUAACUCUCCACUAGCUAAAGUGGGUAAAAACACCUAGUUGCCCAAUCACUCUAAGGGAACCUCACCUGUCGCUACCUCUGUGCCAGCUCAGAAAUUCAGCUUUAAGCAUCAGUGUGGCCUGCACCUACUUUUCUAUGGAAAUUUAGCCAUUUGUCCUCUUUUAGAAUUGAUGAUUCCCUCUCCUCCUCCCCUGCUGCAGUAAUCAGAUGAAAAUAAGGGAAAUGUUUCCAAAGAGGAAAAGUUAAUCACUCUUUCACAGAUAAGGGAGAAUCUGGGACAGUGGAAAAACAUGCUUGACACUUCAUGCUGAUGUGUAAAACCAAUGACAAUCUUCUUUGUUGCAGAAAAUCUAGCAGAUAAUUCAGCCACUUGUAAACAGAGCCGUAAUUAAUUUCAUCUUUGGUCACAAGACUGUCUAUUUCCUGGUGAAGCAGUAGGUGCUGACAUCUUCUGGCAUAGGUUAGCUGAUGGGAAAUCCAGAAUUUUAUAUCUAAGCAGAUGUUUUUAAUCGCAUUCAAGCCUGUUUUAAAAGAUGUUCCUUUAAGGGGGGAAAGGAUGUUUUGAUUAGAGCAAGAGUUAAACUGCAUUUGGGUAGGCAACGGCACAGAAGGAACUGGGUCAUCUUUCUUCAGGCUCCCCAUCUGGGUAAUCUUACAGAACAUCUUGUGUACUUCCCAGUUAGUUAACCCAGCCUCAGACUUGUGCAACUGCUUGUCAGUGCAGGGUUACUAGAAUUUGCAGGCACUGGACUGGAACGUGCAGUGAAGAAUAUUGCACAGAAAAUGAUCCGAUGGGUGAUGAAUUUUGAAAGCCAAGUAUAGACAUCACAAUGGUUUCAAACUGCUAGUUAGCUGGUAUGUGCUAAUGCUGGCCCUGUUCCUCUCUCAAGAGGAGCUGCAACAUGGAAGAAUGUUAGGAAACCCACAGCGUGAAGGUCAUAAAAUGGAAGUCGAAUUUUGGGACUCCAGCAGCGUCAUGUAGGGUACAGGGGAGUGACUUGCUAAAGAAGAUAUUGAUUGUGACAAAGGGAAUGUAAAACUGUCAAUGGUCUAGAUCUACAGCCAUGCCUGCGCUUUCCCUGUUGGGCUUGGCACAGAUCGUUAUUUUCAGCUUUUGAGCUGAUGGCUUUGAUGAUUUCACUGAGGAAAGCAAGAUCUUCCAUACCAGCAGCUUCCUGAGCAGCCCUGCAGUAUCAAAUCAGAAGUGUGUUUUGGCGGAAGGGCACUGGGGGCUAAGGGGGCAGAGAAGCGGAGGAGAGAGAUGGGGAGAAUAAAAACUUCAGAUAUUCUUAACCUG